CUCCUCCCUCUCGCCCUGCCUCCCGCCCUCCUCCUCCUCCGCCGGGCCUGGGGGUCUGGGCCAGCAACAAGCUAUUACUGCAGACAUGGGCAUAGGAGCUAGAGGCUGACCCGCGGCCCGGGGUCCGUGAGGCGCUGGGCGAGGCUGCAGGAGUCAGGGUCGCCAUGGGGACAGCUGCCCCGGAUGUCCUCUGGGCGGUGCUCCUGCUCCCUCUCUUGGUGUUUGGGGUCCCCACGGAAGAGCCCACCUCUGGGGAAGCUGUGGCCUCCCAUGCCCCUGGGCACUGCCGCUGGUGCUGUGACUCUGACUCUGAGGACCACCUGGCCCCUGCCGAUGCCGCAGACGUGUCCCCGGUCUCUCCAUCCACCCUUCCAUACGUGUUGCCUGAGGUCAGGCCCUACAUUAACAUCACCAUUCUGAAGGGUGACAAAGGGGACCGAGGCCUGCUGGGCACGCCUGGGAAGCUGGGCAGGGAGGGUCCCCGGGGAGAGCGAGGCCCCCAGGGCAGCAAGGGCGACAAGGGGCAGGCGGGCAGCCCUGGCAGCCCGUGCCAGACUCGCUUCUCAGCCUUCUCCGUGGGCCGGAAGACGGCCCUGCACAGCAGCGAGGGCUUCCAGCCGCUGCUCUUCGACACCGUCUUCGUCAACCCCGACGCGCACUUCGACAUGGCUGCCGGCCACUUCGUCGCCCCUCUGCACGGCCUCUACUUCUUCAGCCUCAACGUGCACAGCUGGAACUUCAAGGAGACCUACGUGCACGUCAUGCACAACGAGGAGGCGGCCGUCAUCCUGUACGCGCAGCCCAGCGACCGCAGCAUCAUGCAGAGCCAGAGCGUGAUGCUGGCCCUGGCGCCGGGCGACCGCGUCUGGGCACGGCUCUUCAAGCGCGAGCGUGAGAACGCCAUCUACAGCGAUGACGUCGACACCUACAUCACCUUCAGUGGCCACCUCAUCAAGCCUGAGGACGAUUAGUGCCUCCAGCAGGGCAGCUCUGGUGCUGGGGGGUGGCGGCCAAGGCAGGUCCCAUCCCCGGCAGGGCCUCAGUGUGCCCCUCUGUAAAGUGGGCGCACAGAGCGGCAUUCUGGGUAGCCCUCUUCUUCCUUCUUUCCUUCCCAGUCUGUUCCUUCUGCUCUCCUCUCUUGGGCAUAUUUUAAGAAGCCUUCUAACCUAAAUAUUCCAGAACUUUCCCAACCUCUUAUACCAGCAAUUUUCAAGCUUGAAUGUGUCCGAGAAUCACCUCAGGAUCAGGCUCCGAGGCAGGUCCUGACCCAGCAGACACGGAGUGCGCCAGGAUUCCUCAUUUCUAAUGAGUUCCUGGGUGCCGCUCCUGCUGCCGGUCUGUGGACUCCAGUGGAGUAACAAGCUUCCAGAACUUUCGCAACAUUCUAGUACUUCCUGAACCUUCUGGAAUCCUGUAAACAUUCUUGAAUCAUCCCAACAUCCUUAAACAUUCUCAUUUCUCUAGGACUCCCGUCUCCUCUGUCCCCUUGCCCCUCCCUCCCCCUCCCUCACUGUCUCUCACUCUCCUCUGCACGCCGGCCUGGGCAGCCGCUCAUUCAGUCAUUCAUCUAACACUGACUGAGCCAGUGCACACUCUGUGCCAGGCCCUGGGGGGCGGGGAGCGGGGUGGAUGGGACACAGACCCCACCCUCGGUGAGGGCGCAGUCCAGCCGGUCAGGGAGACUCAGGGCUCUGAGGCCUGACCCACAGAGAUGCACGGUGCUUUUUUCACACAUGCGUCUGGGUUCCGGGCGUUCAGACCCUGUGGCCCCUCACUACCCACGACUCCCCAAGGCUGGCAAGGCAGGGUCCCCGAGGUGGGGGUGUUCCCUGCCUCCUCUCAUUCCUGCUCAGUGUCUGCCGUUAAGGCAGAUCCCCGAUGAAGCCUUGGUCAGGGCAAGGGUGCUAUAAGGGUGGACCCAGGGGCUUGGGGGUAUUUUGGGGUGAAGGUGGACCCCUGGGGGAGGUGUCCUAGAACCCUAGCUUCCAUGGUGUCACCGGUUCUCUAGGCUUUAAGGUGCUGAAGCCCCAGCAGGGUCUCCUCUGGCCAGGUGCUGCAUCUAGAAAUGUGAGGACGGAAGGCCCCAGGCUUUGGACCCCUCAGCAGGUCUGGGGGCUGAAGCAGGUCACAUUCCAGUCCAUCAGGGGGGACCCUCCUCCGAGCCAUGACGCCAAGAGAGGCCCAGGCCAAGGAAGGGACAUCAGGCUUUUCGUCCCUUCUUCCACGCCCAGGGUGGGGCAGCCCGGCGGCCCUCAGCUUUCUCUCCCCCACACCCCCACGCAGGAGGCCUGCCCCUCUGCCCUGAGUGAGGUGGUCUCCGGCCUUUGGUGCUUAUGCAGACUCCGGGAAGAGGGGCCCGGGGGUGGUCUCUGGUGCUCGCUUACAGCCUGAGGGAGCCACGGCUGCGUGGCGGGUGACGUCAGCAGGGCCUGACCAGGUGCGGAGGCUGGUGCUACACAUUGUCCCGGCUCUUCCGCAUCCUGCCCCGCUUGGUCAGUGUGAUUAAAGGUUGCAUGUCUUCUUGGCAA